ACUAGUAAUGGAGAGAGGAAGGUAGAAUAGAGGUUUGACCAAUGUUAAAGAUGUUUGGAAAUUACUAUUUUGCUAUCGUAGGACAUCAUGAUAAUCCAGUGUACGAGAAAGAAUUCAAUCCACAGAUGAAAUCUUUGGAUUCAGCUCAAGGAGAUCAAUCAUAUAAGAAAGAUGAUCAUCGACAUCUAAAUCAAUUUAUUGUUCAUGCAGCUUUGGAUCUCGUCGACGAGUUGAUGUGGAGUUCAAACAACAUGUAUUUGAAGAGUGUUGACAAGUUUAAUGAAUGGUUUGUUUCUGCCUUUGUCACCGCCGGAGGAAUGAGAUUUAUGAUGCUACAUGAUUUAAAGAAUGAAGAUGGGAUCAAAAACUUUUUCAAUGAUGUUUAUGAAAUAUUUAUUAAGGUCAUCAUGAAUCCAUUUUACGAGAUCAACAGCAAAAUAACUUCUGCCAAUUUUGACAAGAAAGUACAGUUGGCAGCAAAGAAACAUUUACAAGGAUAACAUUGUACAUAAUUCAAAAUUUAGUGACAUAUAACUUAGAGUAAUAGUCCCUUUCACUGCCCCCUGUGCUAUUUUGAAAGGUAGCCGUGCCUUUGCAUAGAARCGAGACAAACGGUGAGCUUGCAAUGAUAGAGAUCAUUUUUUACACCCUUGGACAAUUAUUCACAUCUUUAUCAUUGCAAGCUUACCCUUCAUCUCGCUUCUAUUCAAAGGCACGGGUACCUUUCAAGAUGGUGCAGGGAACUGUGCAGGAGAAUGUUGAUCAAAUAAACCAAUUUUGGCUUUGAAGAGCAUAUUAUGAUAAUAAUAUUUUAAUUAAUGUUUAUUUGAAUCAUGCAAAAAAUUUUGGAACUACGUUAAAGAAUGCUACAUUGAUGCUCAAAACGCGUUAUAGAUUGUCAGUGGUUAUGCUAAUAGCAUGAAUUUUCACUUUUAGGUAAAUGAUUGUCAAUAAACGCAACUGUUUGGCAA